AUGGACGCGGGGCGUGAGGCCGCGAGGCUGCAGGCGACGGUGACGGAGGCUGCGAGCCGCAGCAGCGAGGUUGCCCAUCAGCAGGUGGCCGUGGCUCUGGCGGACGUGGAGAGGCUGAAGCAGGAGCUGCAGGCUGCCGACGGGAGGGCGGCAGACGCGGCAGCCCAGGUGGAUCGGUUGAAGCAGGAGCUCGAAGCUUCGAAUCAGAGGGCGGCGUCUGCGGUGGCCCACGUGGAGCAGCUCAAGCGGGAGAUGCUGGCCCUGGAGAGGCGCGCCGCGGCGGCGGACGUGCGCGCUUCGGAGGCCGCGUGCCACCUCACCGCCGUGAAGGCGGAGAAGGAGCGCCGCGUGGCGGAGGCCGAGGCCAUCUGCGCGGCCGAAGCGGAGAGGCUCCACCGAGACAUCCAGGUGGCCCAGAGCCAUGCCGAGGAGGCUUCAGAAGCCGCGCACCUCGCCGCCGCCGCCGAGGCGGAGGCGCAGAGCCAGGUCGCGGAGCUGAGGCAGCGCCUCGCGGCGGCGGAGCGCCGCGCGGCGGCCGCGGACGCCUGCUCGGAGGAGGCCGCCCGCCGAACAGCUGCCGCGGAGCUCCGCGCGACGGAGGCGGCGGUGGCCGAGUGCAACGCGGCCCAGUCCGGGUCGGCCAUGGUCGAGCGGUUCCGGCUGGAGAUCCAGGCGGCCAAGCGCCAGGCCGCGGAAGCGGAGGCCAGCUCGGCGAGAGCGGGCGAGGCGGCGCGCUGGCAGGCCUCCCCGGCCCUGGAGGACGCGAGGCUGCCCGUGGCGCUCGAGGCGCUCGAGGCUGCCAGUGGCGCCCCUCCGCGCCGCCUGCCGCUGGCGGAUGCUCUGGGCCCGGGGCAGCACGGCGAGGGCCCGGCGGCCCCGGGGGAGCUGCCGCCGCUGUCGCUGCCGGCCGGCCGCGGCGCCCUCGUCGUCGAGCCCGGGCCUUCGUCGGUCAGGCUCGUGCCGACCUCGUCGGCGCGGGCGCUGUCGGACGACCUGGCGGCCCAGCAGGCGGCCGAAGGAUCGGGGGGCCGGCGGACGCCGGCGCUCACGCGCAGCGAGAGGACCAGCUGGGCGCCCUCAGGCUGGAGCUGA